AUGGCGUUUGCUGACGAUGCCAAGCUGAGUGGGGAAGGGGACGCUGUGGAGGGGAGAGCCACCCUGCAGGAAGAGCUGGAUAGGCUGGAAGAGGGGGCUAACAAGAACUUUGUGAAGCUCAGCAAAGCCAAGUGUAAGAGCAAGCUGGUCAAGUAUUUCAGCCGGCAGCUGUCCUGCAAGAGGAAGGUGGCCUUGCAGGAGCGCAAUGCCAAGCUGGAGGGCUUCCCCCAGCUCCUGCACUGGUUCCGCAUCGUCGACAUCCGCAAGGAGGUGAUGGAGGAAAUCACCCCCGGUCAGCUGAGCCUGGAGGAGCUGCUGGACAUGACCGACGACCAGGUCUGUGCGACCGUGGAGAAGUUCGGGGCCAACAGCGAGGAGUGUGCCCGCCUGAACGCCUCCCUCUCCUGCCUUCGCAGCGUGCACAAGUCCGGCGGCAGCCUUUCCAAGCAGGAUUGGACCAUCCAGUGGCCCACGACAGAGCCGGGGAAGGAGAACAGCCCUGGGUGCCAGCUGGAGCCGGGGCAGUGGGGCAGGACACACCUCUCGCAGAGCCCCAAGGUCCAACCCAAGUGUGGGCAGCAUCACUGCCACGCGGGCUCGCCCCACGGACCCAUGUACACCCACGUGGACCGGCUGACCGUGGAGGGUCACCCGGGGCUGUGCCCACCCAUGGAGUCUGGCCACCGCUCCCUGCCGCCCUCCCCACGCCAGCGACACGCUGCUCACACCCCUCCACGUACCCCCAACAUCGUCACCACAAUGACGCCGCCAGGCACGCCACCGGUACGACGGAGGAAUAAACUGAAGCCCCCUGGGACGCCCCCGCCCUCGUCACGAAAACUGAUCCAUCUCAUCCCUGGCUUCACUGCGCUGCACCGGAGCAAGUCCCACGAGUUCCAGCUGGGGCAUCGCGUGGAUGAGGCGCACACCCCCAAAGUCAAGAAGAAGAACAAGCCCUUGAACCUCAAGAUCCACAACAGCGUGGGGAGCUGUGAGAACAUCCCCGCGCAGCGCUCCCCGCUCCUCUCGGAGCGCUCCCUGCGCUCCUUUUUUGUGGGGUACCCGCCUUUCCUCCCCUCCACCCCUCCUGUCCACACUGAAGCCACCUUCUCAGCAAAUACGCUGUCAGUGCCUCGCUGGUCCCCGCAGAUCCCCCGUCGAGAUCUUGGCAACUCGAUAAAACACAGGUUUUCCACCAAGUACUGGAUGUCUCAGACCUGCACCGUCUGCGGGAAAGGAAUGUUGUUUGGCUUAAAAUGCAAAAACUGCAAGCUCAAGUGCCACAACAAAUGCACCAAAGAGGCCCCUCCAUGUCACCUGCUGAUCAUCCACCGGGGAGCAAGGUUAGUCCGGACAGAGUCAGUGCCCUGUGAUAUCAACAACCCCUUGCGGAAACCCCCCAGGUAUUCGGACCUACACGUCAGCCAGACACUCCCCAAAACCAACAAACUCAACAAGGACCACAUCCCAGUGCCCUACCAGCCAGACUCCAGCAGCAACCCCUCCUCCACCACCUCCUCCACACCCUCCUCGCCGGCCCCACCGCUGCCGCCCAGCGCAACGCCCCCGUCCCCCCUGCAUCCCUCCCCGCAGUGCCCACGCCAGCAGAAGCAAUUCAACUUGCCAGCUUCCCAUUACUACAAGUACAAGCAGCAGUUCAUUUUCCCAGAUGUGGUGCCUGAGACACCGACCCGAGCCCCGCAGGUCGUCCUCCACCCUGUCAACUCCAACCCCAUCCUGGAAGGAAACCCAUUGCUUCAAAUUGAAGUGGAGCCCACCUCGGAGAACGAGGAAGGCACCGAGGAGGUGCAGGAGUCCGAGGAUGACUUUGAAGAGAUGAACCUCUCGCUCCUCUCUGCACGCAACUUUCCCCGCAAGGCCAGCCAGACCAGCAUCUUCCUCCAGGAGUGGGACAUCCCCUUUGAGCAGCUUGAGAUUGGCGAGCUCAUUGGCAAGGGCCGCUUCGGGCAAGUCUUUCAUGGGCGCUGGCAUGGGGAGGUGGCCAUCCGCCUCAUUGACAUUGAACGGGACAACGAGGACCAGCUGAAGGCCUUCAAGAGGGAGGUGAUGGCGUACCGGCAGACCCGGCACGAGAAUGUGGUGCUCUUCAUGGGAGCCUGCAUGAGUCCUCCCCACCUCGCCAUCAUCACCAGCCUGUGUAAAGGACGGACUCUCUACUCAGUGGUGAGAGAUGCCAAAAUCGUCCUGGAUGUCAACAAGACAAGGCAGAUAGCACAAGAAAUUGUGAAGGGAAUGGGCUACCUGCAUGCCAAGGGGAUCCUUCACAAGGACCUCAAGUCAAAAAACGUUUUCUACGACAAUGGGAAGGUGGUGAUCACAGACUUUGGCCUCUUCAGCAUCUCGGGAGUUCUUCAAGCAGGCAGGCGGGAGAACAAGCUGAGGAUCCAGAAUGGCUGGUUGUGCCACCUCGCUCCUGAGAUCAUCCGCCAGCUCUCGCCGGACACGGAGGAGGACAAGCUGCCCUUUUCUAAGCACUCAGAUGUCUUUGCACUGGGCACGAUCUGGUACGAGCUGCACGCGCGGGAAUGGCCCUUCAAGACACAGCCAGCGGAGGCAAUAAUCUGGCAGGUGGGAAGAGGGAUGAAGCCCAACCUCAGCCAGAUUGGGAUGGGCAAGGAGAUCUCGGACAUACUCCUCUUCUGCUGGGCCUACGAGCAAGAGGAGAGACCCACCUUCACAAAGCUCAUGGACAUGCUGGAGAAACUGCCAAAGCGCAACCGUCGCCUUUCCCACCCUGGGCACUUCUGGAAGUCGGCAGAGCUGUGACGGGAGGAGUUAAGGGACGGUGCCUUCCUCCCCCUGCGGUUCUCCUCUUCCUCUCUGCUUCCCACCCUGUGCUACAGAGGAGUAGCGGGCGCUGCAGGCCGACUGCGGGAUGGGAAUGAGCCUCUUCCCCCACAGUGAUUCACCUCCAGUGAUGAAGCCUCUCUGCAAGGGCUGGAGGAGCCGAGCCGGCGGCUGAGCCCCGAGAGCCCCGGGGGAUGCUUGGCUGCAGCAGGAUGGGGACAACGAGCAGCUCUCCAUGCACAUGGGGGCAGGUCUUGGGCUGGUUCCCUGCCAAGCAGGGGCAACCCAUGAGGCAGACAGCUUCAGUUUAACCCCAGGGCUCCUCUGGGCCCAAUCAGCAUGGUCAGUGCUCAUGAUGCUUGGUUGGGGAGGGCUUGCUUCUUGGUGGGUUUAUUUAUUUAUUUAUUUUUUAAAUGAAAGAAAGGGGGAAAUGUUGCUGAUUCAUGAGUUUAGCAUUGGAGCCUGCCAGGGCCAGGGAGUGCUGCUGCUAUUAGCUGCCCCCCGUGGGGAAAUGCAUCUGCAGAGCCAGAGCUGGAGGAAUCCUGCUCCCCCACCCUCGGCAGCCCCUUCAUGGGCAGCAGUGACCUUUCACAAGUGGCUUCUCUACCUCCCAGCCAUGCCCACUUAUGCUCCCCCCCAGGUCUCCCUCUCAGCAGGACGCAUCUCCACAUUCCUUUAAUUUAGCCGUUUGCCCUGGUGCGUAUCUAAUCAGCGAGCCUUUCUCUCUCACCCUCCCCGGCGCUGCUUUGCUCUUGGCUUUGAUCCUCUCUCCUGAAGGCUCUCCGAAAACCCCAGGUCUGGGGACACUCUGUGGCUGGACAGAGUGGAGUGUCUGGGGUUGGGGUCCUUCCCCUCCUGUUGCCUUUCCCAGGCUCAUUGCCAGAGCCAGGGAUGCAGACAGGCUCUGGUUGUACAGAGCAUCUCCCUUCCCAGCCCCACGCGUGGCAGCCAUGGACAUCUCAGCUGAAUAAGCAGCCAUGCCCUGGACUGUUUUCCCCUGCAUAUUCAUAUUCCAUCAGCCAAAUCCUGGACCUUCCUGAAGAGAUGGUCUUUAGGCAGUGUCUCAGAGAUGGUGUUGCCACCUGAAUACUGUGUGCUGGUAUUUCCCUCUCCCUAUCAGCUCAGAUGGGCCCUCGAGCUCAUUAGAUGAGCUGUCGAGUGACAGAUGAUAGCAAAUUGUGUUUUCAGGCCCUUAUUGAGCAUAAUUGCUUGACAGGAACCAUCCUGAAUAAUUCAAUCAUUGUCUAAGUUAGCUUUAAUUUGGAGACAUGAGGAGGCUCUGCAAACUAACCAGCCCUAGUUUGUUUGCUGCUCCUCUAACUCCCCCUUGCCAGCAUUUGAACCACUUUAGCAUAAGUAAAUGAAGAUUAGAAACCUAAUUGCAGCUAGGAAGAGGUGUUACUUCAAUCGUGGUGGCAUUUGCAAAGGUGCUUUUAUUUCUUAAAAUUUGCACACAUGCAUAUGUAUAAAAUCUGAGGUGGGCAGGAGAAGGGGAGUGAAUCUGGCCUCCAAGCGUGCUGGCAGAGGGUCAGUCUGGAUGAGUCUCCUGCUGAUGCUUUUGAGACAUUUGCUGUGCCAUGCAGUCACAUCUCGCUCUCAGAUGUUUUGCAAGAAGUUGGGAUGAUGCUUCUACCUUUGAUGCUGAGGCCAAGUGGAACAAGCCAAUGAGGGCAGGAUGAGCCCUCGUUUGUGCUAAUUGCCCCCUGCACCAGGCAGCACAGGCGGUUUUUGGUCCCCUGGGUGUGACGCUGCAGAGCUCAGUGUAGGUGGCUGAGCAUCCCAGUGAUGAGGAGGGAUGCUCCAUGGCUGUUUGCCCUCUUCCUCCUCCACAUCCCACCUCUUCCCUUGCUAACACACACAUCCCCCAUCUUCUUCAUCUCACCCUGGGCCACAGCAGCAAUAUCCUCUGCUGCCCAUCCUCCCCAUCCCAACCCUUCCCCGCUGUCUCAUGCCUUCUCCAUCCUCUGCGCUUAUGCGCAUGUGUGCCAUAAACGUUGCACUAAGCCUCAGAGUCUCUCUGAGUUUUCACCAAUGCCUUCACCUGCAGUGGUCUCGAGGUCUGUGGGAGGGAGCACAUCUCCAUCACUGGAGGUCUCAGCUACUGGGGGCGUGCGGGGAGGUCUCACCAUGAAAUCACCCAAACCAUGUUCAGGUGGAGUGAUCGCUGUAGAAAGCUGGUGUCCUUCUCACUCAGUGGUUUUAGUUUCUAAGUAGGUGUGAACUUCCUAGGUGAGCAGUAGCAAGUGGAAUAUAUUGGAAGGAUGAAGGAGGUGAUACCAUGGGUGAUGCUCAGCACCAGGGGUGGCAAAGUGCUGCAGCCUGAUAGGCGUUGUGCAGAUUUAUGGUGGAAGGUACAACACCAAUCUUGAAAGACUUACUGUGGGUUUGCUCUCAGUGCCCCAAGCCCUCUACUUGCCUGGGAAGUCUCACCUUGACAUAUCCCCCCAUGGGGUCUCACCAGCCGCUGGCAGAUGCCUGCUCUAUUUUAUAGACCAAGACUCAAGGAAACAAGUGAACUGAUGAGCAUGUUGGUUUGGUUACUCCAUGACAUCAGGUCCUGACCAGGAGCACAGGGCUCUCUGCAGCAGACUCAGCCAAGCAUUUCUCUCCUGGACUGCGGGCAUCUGAAAGGAGCUAAAUGCUUCUAUAGCCAACAAAUCUUGCCAACUCUUCCCUCAUCUCCCUCCUUUUUCUCCCCCCCUUCCCUCACCACAACGUCUCAGCCAGGCCAUGAGCAGAGCCAUUGCACAAUAGUAUCGAUGGAAAAAUAGCUGCCCUGUAUUUAUCGUAAAUUAGCCCAGAAGAGCAGCUCCUUCCCUUCCAUUCAGUGCAGCAACGGUUGUUUAUGCAGCCGUGUUAUUUGCAUCAUGCCUUCUUAUUUUUGAAAGUCUUAAUUAUUAAAAAAAAA